GAUCACUCCACUUGGUACUGUCAAGGUCGUCUGGAGGGAUUCUCUAACUGACACUAUCCAUGGCAGUUGAUUUCAUGCGCUCUGUCAGUUUCUUGACUGUCUGAAAAACACCACGUAGAAAAGUAGAGUAUCAUGCCUCGGAGUCCUACAUCCAGUGAAGAGGAGAUGGCCCAGAGUUUCUCUGACGGCUCUGGAGGUUUUGAGACAGACAGCUCCAAGGAGGAGCCUGGCCUUGGAGGACCGGGAGGGGAAAGGACUAGCAGGAGGACAGACAGGAGGGCAGAGAGGGACAGGGCUGCCCGUAGGGAGUCACUGGAAUUCUGUGUGGUCAUCCCUGACCUGCAGCAGUCUAAGUGUAUGAGGUUUAAGCCCGAGGCCACGGUGUGGGUUGCUAAGCAGCAGAUCCUGUGUACACUGACCCAGACUUUGAGGGACGUGCUGAACUAUGGCCUCUUCCAGCCCGCUGUGGAGGGCCGAGAGUCCGGCUUCCUGGAUGAGGAGUGUGCCCUUAAAGACUACCCUACUCCCACCAACACGAAGGGGGUCCCCACUCUGGAGUUCCGUUACAAGAGCCGGGUCUAUCAACAGCCCAAUGUGAAUGAGAAGCAGAUCGCCAAAAUCCACACGCAGGCCAACUACAGGAAAUUAAUGGAUCACAUUCAGCAUCACCAGCUGGAUAAACUAGCAAAAAUGCUGGAGAAAGGCCUCGAUCCCAACUACCACGACCCAGACACUGGUGAAACUCCACUGACCUUCGCUGCCCACCUGGACAAUGUGGCUCAGGUCGUCGUUGUACUGAAACACGGUGGAGCACAUCUUGACUUCAGAUCACAAGAUGGGAUGACCGCUCUCCACAAAGCAGUCAGGGCAAAGAAUCAGGUCACACUGAAGGCUCUACUGGAACUAGGCGCCUCCCCAGACUACAAGGACAGUCAAAGUCUGACGCCACUGUACCACACAGUCCUGGUGGGAGGAGACUCAGGAUGCUGUGAGCUCCUCCUGAGGGCCCGCGCCACAGUCUCCUGCCACGACGAGAAUGGCUGGCACGAGAUACACCAGGCGUGUAGAUAUGGACAUGUCCACCACCUGGAGCAGCUGUUGUUCUAUGGAGCAGAUAUGGGUGUCAUGAACGCCUCUGGAAACACGGCUCUACACAUCUGUGCUCUAUACAAAGAGGAACACUGUGCCAGAGUACUGCUUGUUCGUGGUGCCAACAAGGAAGUGAAGAACUACAGAAGCCAGACACCAUUCCAGGUGGCCAUCAUCGCAGGAAACUUUGAAUUGGCAGAAUUAAUCAAGAACCAUAAAGAGACUGAUAUCGUGCCUUUCAAGGAGGCGCCGGCCCAACCCACCCGGCGCCAGCAGGCCCCACGGAGUACACUAGCUGCUCCACGGUCUAUGCUCCUACGCUCCAACAGCGACAACAACCUGAACGUGAACAACCGGUCACCCCUGCCCUCGCCGUGCCACUCUCCCCUUCAUAGCCUCUCCCCCCGUCGGCCCCAACAGCAGCAGAUGCCCAGCCCCAAUGGAACAGUCAGGACCAUGGGGAAGGGGGCUCCCCGCCCUCCCCGUUCACGUUCGCCCUCCCUGGGGCGCCUGGGGGAGGAGACACCCAGACAGAUCCCCCAGCGCCAGCCCAGCCCACACAAGGGUCGGGAAGAGUUCACUGGUGGCACAGACCGCCAGGGGCCCCAGUGUAAGCUGUACAGUGCUGUGGCAGGGAAGCACUUUGUGGUGACUAAGUCCUACCAGCCACAGGCCGAAGGGGAGAUCACCCUGUACCAGAACGACAGGGUCAAAGUGCUCUCCAUAGGUGAGGGUGGUUUCUGGGAGGGCAGUGCCAGGGGUAACGUGGGAUGGUUCCCAGCAGAGUGUGUGGAGGAGACCCCUAACCAAGAGGAAAGACCAUAUGCCCGAGCAGACAGGGCUGAGAGAAGGAAGCUUUUCAGGCACUACACCGUGGGGUCCUACGACAGCUUUGAUGCAUCAAGCAACUGUGUUAUUGACGAGAAGACGGUAGUCCUACAGAAGAAGGAUAAUGAGGGAUUCGGGUUUGUGCUGCGAGGGGCGAAAGCGGACACGCCCAUCGAGGAGUUCACCCCUACACCCGCCUUCCCCGCCCUGCAGUACCUGGAGUCUGUGGACGAGGGCGGGGUUGCAUGGCGGGCGGGGCUUCGCAAUGGAGACUUCCUUAUCGAGGUGAACCAGGAAAAUGUUGUGAAGGUGGGCCACAAACAGGUGGUCAAUACGAUCCGACACGGGGGCAACCGGCUCAUCAUCAAAGUGGUGACAGUUAGCAGGAAUCUGGACCCUGAUGACACGGCCAGGAAGAAAGUGGCCACACCUCCACGUAGGACUCCUCCCGCUGCCCUGUCCAUGGCCAUGCGCUCCAAAUCCAUGACCUCAGAGCUGGAGGAGCUAGAUAAAGUGGAAGAGAACAUGCCUCCUCAGAAGCCCACGUGGGACAACUCUAACACUGACAUAAGGGUCGCAAACACGGUCAAAACGCGGCCCAACAGCAGGUGCUUGGCCAUGAACCCAGAGAUGAAUUCCAUGUGUGAGAGCCAGGACGUGUCGAUGCAGACCCAGACCCAGCCCAAAGAGCCAGGCAGCCCCAGAGGUCGAGGCCCCUUCCUGGGGGUGCCAAACAGACAGGGGACCAUGAGACGACAAAAGUCCAUAGGAACAUCUGGAAUAACAGAAGAGGACGCCCCUCAGUUCCUGACCCCUCCCAUGUUGAAAUUCACCAGGAGCCUAUCAAUGCCGGACACAACAGAGGACAUCCCACCCCCUCCCGCUAUCUCCCCUCCAUCUCCCCCUUACAACAACGACCCCAACCCCCAGGGCAGAGGCUAUGGCACUAUCAGACACACUGUUCCCAAAGGCACCGCCCCUGAGCGAGGAGGGGACCCUAACACGGGCGGCAGUGACGGAUGGAGGGAACAGGGGGGUAUGUACCACCCAGAGCCCCAGUCGGAACAGUAUCAGUCUGAGGACCACCACCACCACCAGGGUAGCCAGAGUCCAGGCCAAGGCCUCACAGCCCAGCAGAGCUUCCUGAACCGCAGGGCCCAGAUCCCAGAGAACCCAUACUCAGACCUGGGGAAGAUGGGCAACCUGGGCCUGUUUGCCCCCAACAAACCUCAGAGGAGGAAGGGCAUGCUGAUGAAGCAGAACAAGAUUGAGGACAGCCCAGAGAAGACCUGCACCAUUAAAAUCCCAACCAUCAUCAUCAAGGAGCCGUCUACAUCCAGCAGUGGGAAGAGCAGCCAGGGCAGCAGCAUGGAGAUAGAGACUGGAUCCCAUGACCACCCGGGACAACUCCGUCCGGACGACGGACACAACCCCAGCAGUCCCUUUGCCACGGCCAUGGCGGGCGCAGUGCGGGAACGUGAGAUGAGGAUGGUGGAUUCUCACCAGAACUCCCCAUCCUACAGGUUCACCGAGCAGGGUGAAGAAGACUCGUCUCCCGCGCCUCGCCUCCGCCACUCCAAGUCCAUCGACGAGGGAAUGUUCAGUAGUGACGAGCGCCUGCGUCGCCUCAUGGCCCCACCUGCCUCACUACUCAGCAUCCCCAGAAGAGGGGGUAACGUGACGGUCUUCAACACCCCGGAGACCACUGUUGUGAGAGAGCCGCUCCACACGCGCACUGGCCACCACAGCCCGGUCAGUCUGCCCGCCAAGACCUAUACCUCCAGUAGUGGGCGCUACGUCCACCCAGUCACAGGGAAGCCUUUGGACCCCAACUCCCCUCUGGCCCUGGCUCUGGCUGCACGGGACCGGGCCAUGAGAGAGCAGUCCCAGCCACUCCCGCUGAAGACCGAACCACCUAAACCUGACCUGAACAAGCCUCUGUUCAUCGACACCAAGCUGAGGACCGGCAUGGGCGCAAAUUUCUCCUCGACCGCCACCAUGGGUCGACCGGGCAGGGCGGGGCUUCGUAGGCAGAUGACAGAGGCAAAGUACGAGACAGAGUCCAAAUACGACCACCCGUUGGCCAAAGACAAGGACAAUAGUCUAUCCCGUCCUCAGAGAGAAGAGGAGAAGAAGAACAUGUUGAUAGACAUUGGUGACACGUCUCAGCAGAAGUCACCUGGGUUGCUGAUGGUCCACACCACUGACGAGAACAACCUGUCUGAGGGGGAGAGGGACGCGGCGGUCAGUCCAGACAGCGCCCCCAGUGAGCUCAGGGACCCCAACCAACCUAACAUCCUCAAAAUGGCCUCCCCUAACCCCCAUAACCCUCACUCUAUGGGCCCUGGACCCAGAGGUAGUAAGACCAUGAUCACCGUCACCUCAGUGGACGAGCCGGUCAAACUACCCUUCGGUAUCCCCCCUCCACCCUGCGUUCCCUCUGUGGACAUCGACGAUGAGUUCUUUGCUGACCCAUUGCCACCGCCGCUCGAGUUCGCCAACAGCUUCGACAUCCCAGAGGACCAAAAGGGGGCGAUCGCUGAGCUCCUGAAACAGCAUCGAAACGCUGGCAGGGCACCAUCGUCUCUGGCCCCCUUCUAUCCCUAUCAUGGUAACACCCCAGGCCACCCUGACCAGACUAUGAUCAAACGGCCUGCGGUGCUCACCAACUGUACACCCCCCUGCUUCCCCCACGCCCUCUUGGAGAGCUACGAUCCUAUCAGUGACUCUGGCAUUGAUGUGGAGCCGGACAGCCGCAGUAUUGGAGACCCCCAGCUGGAGACUACAAGCACUAUGUCCACCGUAUCCAGUAUCUCCACGCUGUCGUCCGAGGGUGGCGAGGUGCUGGACAACACAUGUACAGUCUAUGCAGACAGACAGGCCUUUCUGGUGGACCGGACUUCAAAGUCAAGAACCAGGCAACCUGCCGCAAACAAGAGCAACGCACUUUACAAGGACCCUGCCUUGAUGGAUAGAGAGGAGAACAUAAGAACUUUUGCCGCACCUUCCUCCGUCCCACCGCCUCCCCCCGGGGCCAGCGUCUCCUCAGAACCCCCCAGAACACCCACUCAAAGAACCUCCAAGUUAUGGGGAGACCCUCCAGGCUCUAAUCCCCAGGACAUGCAGAACAAGGAAAGGACACCAAAGCCAGGAGAGGGGAUAGACUCUUCUUCCUCAGGAUGUAGGACUGUUUUUGGAUCAAGGGGUCCGGACAGUGGGUCCCUCUCCUCAGGUACACAGCGGAAUACCACAGUCUCUUUUGCUGCCCAGCUCCCUCCGAACGUGCCUGCCCCAUCUCCAAACCGACAGACCGAGAGCCCCUCCCACCACAGAGCCCCCAGCCCCAUCCUCUCUCCCCCAGACUCAGGCCUCGGCUGUGCCUCCUCUCUCCCUGCCACCUCUCCCACCCUUUCAGACGUGUUCGGCCUGCCCACCCCCCCUCUCAGCCUGGGCACGGGGAGCAGCCGCUCGCCCUCCCCCCUCACCCUCAUCCAGGCCGUCUCCAACAAGCCUUUUGCCACCAAGCCGGUUCUGAUGUGGAGCAAACACGACGUGGCCGACUGGCUGGAGAGCCUAAACCUGGCUGAGCACAGAGAGACCUUUAUGGACAACGACAUCGAGGGCAGCCACCUGCCUAGCCUGCAGAAGGACGACCUCAUAGACCUAGGGGUGACCAGGGUCGGACAUCGGAUGAACAUAGAGAGAGCUUUGAAACUUCUGAUGGACAGGUGAGAAGUGAGGAGGGUGAUGAGGUCUCUGAGUCUCCAACACUACAACUUCACAACAGGCUUCUAAGUUAAUUAUCAAUUAUGUCCAUAACAAUCAUUUUUAUUUAUGUUGACUUAUUUAAACUAUACUUACUGUAUAAUUGUUAUGAUGAUGCUUGUUUGGUUGAAAUGUAGGAAUAUCCUCAUGUAUCCUGAAGAAAUUGCAACUUGAAACAGCACUGCAGUUUCCUGAAUAAGCAAGAAGGUCCCCCAGAGUGGGAUAGAGUGGUCCCAGGUGAGGUAGAGCUGCUCUGUCAGUAGGAAGGAAGGAAGUAGAUACACGGGAUGUGGCUGUGAUAUGGAAUAUACUACACUAUCAAACACAACAGCAGCUUAAUCGCUAUGGGAUUUACGGACUUCUGAAACCAACCUAAUUUAAAUGCAGAACCAGAACCAGCUUCGUAAGGGUUUCCUUUUCUACUGUUUCUCAUUUAGAAAUUAUACGGUGAAUAUCUUUUUAGGAAAAAGGGGAAAACAUUUACAGUAUAAAUGUGCACUUCUGCCUGUGAAAUUAAGCUUUCUCUCUCUCCCUUUUCACUGGGUUGUAGGUUGAUUUGAGAGACCAUACAGUGUAUUCUCAGACACAGACAUUUAUACCCAGAAAGGAAAUCAAAGAUUAAAAUAAUUUCUAAAUUGGUACAGUAGCAAAGUUGUUGCCCUUCAACCUUAUUUCAAUAGCUGUUUUACUACUGGUCAUGUUUACUUGAGGGUUUUAAACACAGUAUUGAAAAUGUAAAUUAAAUUGUUCAUAAAUCAUUAUACUGUCUUCCACAAGAAGCUGAACUGUGUGCCAACAGCUCCCCUUACUGUAGUCUCCUGAACAUGACAUGGCAGAGUGCUUGGCACUGGCAGUCAGGGCUUUCCAAUCGUUAUCAUCAACCAUCAUCCUUUCUUUCACAGUCUUCUAUGUCCUCUGAGAGGAAUAAUACAUACAUUAUCACAUUAGGUUAUUACUGUAUACCCUGAACUGAUGCUUAAGACUUUAGGAUUGAAGACACUAUCAGGAAUGAAUGACCCAGAGUUACAGGGUUGGGGUCAAUUCCAUUUCAAUUAAAGGUAGGUUCAGCAAUAUGACGUAGAUGCACAACGUAAACAGCAUAGUGGGUCAAUUCCAUUUCAAUUAAAGGUAGGGUCAGCGAUAUGACGUAGAUGCACAACGUAAACAACAUAGUGGGUCAAUUUUAUGCGACAACUUAGAGAGUUUGAUUGUGACACUCAGCUUCUCUGCUGUUUUGGUCCUGUGGCUACUAUGUUGUAAGUGCAUGAAUCGAACCAGAGCACAUGCACAGACACUGUGAGAGCGGAGUCUUGCAUCUUGCUCAUCGCAAAAUCUGCGGUGCUGCUCACUCAACGUCAUUUUGCGGACUCUGGAAGUAAACUAAAUGUCUAAUUCUACAAUUUUUACAACGAGAAGCGUUGUGUAAAAUUGGAAAUUGAAUUAAAGUUUACUUCCUGAAUUGAAAAGGAAUUUACCCCAAACACUGCAGAGUAAGGAUGUUUUUGAAGACAGACAUCAGAAUGCACUUAUAUGGGAAAAAGUAGGUGAACAAACACUAAACCUGGUAUCAGAAGGAGCAGAUUUCAACUUGUUUGGCAAGCAAAGAGAGAUGCAGAUACCACUAGGAAUCAAUUUGGUAGGAAUGUUUACUUUUUGUGUAUGAUAAUUUAAGUAUUAGAGACGUAUUUAAUCUAUGAUGGUGUUUUGAUGUGUUUUGUUGAUGAGAAAGACAUUUGUAUGCAUCCACAAAGCUCAAAACCCACUGGCCAAAAACUGGUUGAAUCAAUGUUGUUUCCACGUCAUUUCAACCCCAAAAUUAAAUGUGAUGACGUUGAAUCAACGUAGAAAAGUGAUUUGAAUUGAAAAAAAGUAAUCAACGUAAAGGAAUUUUGUAUUUUUUACCUAAAUCCAAUGACAUUACAUUUUUGGUUGAUUUCACAUUGAAUUCAUGUUAGUUGACAACUCAACCAAAUGUAAAUCAAAACUUUACAUUUAGUUGAGUUGAGCAUCUUUUCCCUCCAUGUUUUCAAGACAGGAUCUCUUCAUACUAUCACGAGUAAGUCCAAAAAGGCAGAUAUUCACUCAUCAUAAUGUGGAUGAGUUCAAAAUGUAGUUUAUUACACUUUCCACUGAGUUUGUCUGAAACGGGCUGAAGUUGUAUUUUCCACUCAGUUUGCGUUGGGUUUAUAUUCCGGAUCUUAACAGUUUAAACUUCUUGAUAUUUGAAUUUCUCCAGUAAAAGAAUGUGGGUGCUAGCUAAAAUCCCAAUGACAGUAUUUAUGGAAGGUUAUUUGGGAUCUACAUGUGCGUGGGAUCUAUUGGUUUGAUAGGGGGAAAACUGACCUUGAUAUGUCCGAUGACUGAUAUGCAUGACAUCACAGCAUUACAGUUCUAGUCUGUAGAAAUAGUCCACAGAAACCGUAGAUAUAGAAUGAAUUAUAUUUCUAUGGUAAUGACUCCGACCAUCUUUCGACUUGAGGGCACACUUUGAGAUGAGAUCUUAUGUUAAGAACCACAGGAACAGGAAGGAACACAGUAUUUUUUAUGAUGUAGAGAUUUUUAUCAUGAGGGUAUAUUCCUAUCUGUGUUGUCGCCAUAUCAACCCUGAGGUGUGGUUAGGUUUUCCGAAAAGCAGCGAAAUAUGGUUAAGAAGCAAUAUAAUAUACAUUCUGUUUCAAGUAGAUGUUAUUUUUAUUUUCCAGGUGAAUAAUUAUACAUGUAACAGGAUUUCAAGUCUCUAUUUUUAAAAUUGAUAUAAAUAAUUGUGUUAUAAUCCAUAUUCCUAUAGAGCAUAUUUGAAAUCUUUUAGCAAUUGAUAGUCACAUGUUUUGACUAAGCCUCUGUAAUUAUUAAAUUAUGAAUUAUUAAAAGCUGAUAUAAAUUGAUAUUUGCAUAGUUUGUGCAUCAUGUAUGUAUACUAUGAAGAUACUCGGGCUGUACCUGUCUUCACUAUUUGCUAUAGGAAAUGUUACUUGACCAAGAGAAAAACACACCACUGAAUGGGACUGCUGAUGUAGAGUUGAUAGCUGCACAUUGCACUGAGGCCAUGCACAGACCUAUUAUAGUGAAGCUGACUAGACAUAUAUAGUGAAGCUGACUAGACAUAGUAGUGAAGCUGACUAGACAUAUAUAGUGAAGCUGACUAGACAUAUAUAUAGUGAAGCUGACUAGACAUAUAGUGAAACUGACUAGACAUAUAUAGUGAAGCUGACUAGACAUAUAUAUAGUGAAGCUGACUAGACAUAUAGUGAAGCUGACUAGACAUAUAUAGUGAAGCUGACUAGACAUAGUAGUGAAGCUAACUAGACCUAUUAUAGUGAAGCUGACUAGACAUAUAUAGUGAAGCUGACUAGACAUAUAUAGUGAAACUGACUAGACAUAUGUAGUGAAACUGACUAGACAUAUAGUGAAGCUGACUAGACCUAUUAUAGUGAAGCUGACUAGACAUAUAUAGUGAAACUGACUAGACAUAUAUAGUGAAGCUGACUAGACAUAUAUAGUGAAGCUGACUAGACAUAUAUAGUGAAACUGACUAGACAUAUAUAGUGAAGCUGACUAGACAUAUAUAGUGAAGCUGACUAGACAUAGUAGUGAAGCUAACUAGACCUAUUAUAGUGAAGCUGACUAGACAUAUAUAGUGAAACUGACUAGACAUAUAUAGUGAAGCUGACUAGACAUAUAUAGUGAAGCUGACUAGACAUAUAUAGUGAAACUGACUAGACAUAUAUAGUGAAGCUGACUAGACAUAUAUAGUGAAGCUGACUAGACAUACAUAGUGAAGCUGACUAGACACAUAUAGUGAAGCUGACUAGACAUAUAAAGUGAAGCUGACUAGACAUAUAAAGUGAAACUGACUAGACAUAGUGAAACUGACCAGACCUAUUAUAGUGAAGCUGACUAAACCUAUUAUAGUGAAGCUGACCAGACGUAGUAGUGAAGCUGACCAGACCUAUUAUAGUGAAGCUGACUAGACCUAUUAUAGUGAAGCUGACUAGACCUAUUAUAGUGAAGCUGACUAAACCUAUUAUAGUGAAGCUGACUAGACCUAUUACAGUGAAGCUGACUAGACCUAUUACAGUGAAGCUGACUAGACCUACAGUGGGGCAAAAAAGUAUUUAGUCAGCCACCAAUUGUGCAAGUUCUCCCACUUAAUAAGAUGAGGCCU